AUGGAACAAUAUAAAUCAUCGCAGAUCAAGCAAGGCGAGGGCUAUAUCUUGACUUCUGAGCCACCCUCAUCUGCAACCAAGAUGAAAGACAUUGAAAGUACGCCCCAGGAAGUAGAGGAGGGUACUACUGAGAGACUUGAUCCAUACGGUGUGCCACUGGAGCCAACACCUACAACCGACCCCCUCGAUCCACUGAACUUCAGUCAAACCUCCAAAACAUGCUGCCUUAUUGUAGCGUUCUUUUACAGCUUUAUGUUGAUUUACUCAACCACCAUCUAUAUCCCCGUCACUUUAGACCUCCAAGCUCAGUUUAGGGUCUCCUAUACCGCCAUUGCGUGGAGUGUCGCCAUGCCCUCUUUGGGAAUUUCUCUCAGCAUGUUGUUAGCUAAGCCUUUUGCCGACUCGUACGGCCGGAGAAUCGUUCUCCUCAUCAGCGUCAGCAUUGCUAUAUUGGCAAGUGGUUGCGCUUCGAUCAGAUCAAUUAAUCUAGGUGGAUUUAUGGCAAGUCGGUUUUUUCAAGGCAUCGGCACAGGGCCAGGACUGAACGUUGGCCUCGCUAUCUUGGGUGAUAUAUCCUGGGGCCAUGAGCGUGGGUUCCGAAUUGGAAUCUGGGUCAUGGGGUCAACUAUAGGUGCCCCAGUUGGGAUAUUGAGUGAGGGAUGA